AAUUUUUUGUAUUUUUUUUAUCCAUUCAUGUAUUUAAUUGCGUUAUAGUCAUUUAAGAUAUAUUUUUUAUUUACAUAAAUACUCAACCCUCAACUGUUUCCCAUCAAAUGGCUUAAUGGCCUGACCCCCACACCAAUUGGCAAAGUAGGGCAUACCCCACUGACGUAACGUGCUCGUUAUGGAUUCUGUUUGGAUGCCUUUGAAACCAGAAACAUUGGGAAUGAAAUUCUUCAAAAUGCUCCGUGUUUCCCAAUCACAAGCAUGUGUGACAUGGACCCUCAGCGUAAGAACCUCCAUGUAUAUGCUUUGAUGGUCCCUAUAUAUAUAUAUGCAAAACGUGUAUGCUUUGAUGGUAUAAGUUCAAAUUCUCCAACCAAGCAAAUAGCUAUCAAGAUUUCAGCUGAAGUCCUCUGCAACCAGUAAGUAGCAGCGUUCCAGAAGGACCAUCAAGUGAUGCGGCAUCUUCCAGAGUAAUCGGAGCAAGGAGCACAUGGGAGGCCAUAGGCAAACUGAGAAGGAAAAAAAUGUUUGCAUAAAAGGUACCAGGGUUCAUAUCAUGUCGUUCUAAAUGUUGAUAUAAUUGAAUGUAUUGGUACAAAACUACUAGCAAUGUUGCUUCAGAACGUAUCUUGGAAAUCAAAGCAGCUGUGUCAUCUUUUUUUUUUUCCAGAUUUUUUAGAAUUCUAAUGAGAUCACAGGCCUUUCUUCUUUGAUAAAAUGCCUGAUCUUGUUAAUGGGAUCCUAAGUAGCAGAUAGAUGGUAUCUAAAUAUGAGGUAUGAGCAAAUUAUUAAUUACAGAAAGAUGAAAAUUAUGGUUCUAAAAGUACAAUAGGUGCUAUAUUAUAAAUGCUAAAUUAGUUAUGGCCAAUGGAACCUCUAAACAUGCAGAAUCAAAAUGCAGAAAGCUAGCUCUUGAUUCCAAUUAUAAAUUCAAGGGACAUUCUUCAUGUUAUACUGUUGUCUUUUUGCAUCUCUAGAAUUGUGAGUUAAUGGCAGGAAAGAAAGUUGUUCUUUUUUUCUUUAAACAAAUUAUGCUUCCAAUGAUAAUCACUGAAUUGUCACUAACUUACAGAAAUAUAAAAAGAAAACAUCGAAUCCUGUGAGCAAAUAAAUUAGUAACCAAAAGUUGCUCAAGAUAAACUACAUUGGCACAUAAAUCUAAAUGGAUAACAUUAUUUUGUGUUAAUAAUACAAAAUAUAUUACAAGUAGCCAGUAGGGUAUGAGUAGCACAAACCCAUAAAAUUAAAACUAUAGAUAUGAUUACAUCUAAGGUAGCCCUUCUUUUAUCAUAUAAUUAGGUAUUUGUCCCCUUAGAAACCAUAGUUAAGAUCUUAAUGGAAGCAAUUUACCUUUCUUAAAAAACUCAGAGUUUAGUUCAGUUUAUUCAUAUUUUCAAAUUUUAAAAAAUGAUAUCUAAUAGAUUCGGGAUUCAAAUUCCAGUAAACCCUUUUCUUAUUUUCUUUAGGAUUCCAUGAAAACAUACAUAACUUGUAAGGUUUAACCAAAAAAUAAAACCAAUGUGUGGGGAAUAAAACUCUGGUAACCUUUCUAUAUGGAUCAUUGUUGCAAGUAUGUUGUAUUGGGAUUUUCGAAAAGAUGGUGGAGGAUCACUUUGCAUCAAAACCUGGCUUUCCCUACUAAUUAAACCCAUCCUAUUAUCUCAAAGUCAGCCGACAUUCUCUUCUGAGUGUAUCACCAAUAAUCAUGUUUAGCUUGACCCACAUUUCAAGCAUUAACAUAUGUUUUUUUCGAUACCUUUCUCUCCCAAAAGGGUUUUAUUUUAUAAAUUUCCAUACCUAUGUGUAAGCUCCAAUGUGUUUAUAUGUAUAUUAAACAUCUAUAAGAAAUGGUUUGUCACAACUCUGGGUUUAUAUGCAAUAGAGGAAUAUCUUCUGGGGCUGGGAAGGGUUAUUGGAUUUGUCGUCUUUGAUAAGUUUCGUCUUGUCUUUAUAAACGGGAGCUGACUUGUCUCUAAUGGCUACCUUAAUAGCAAGAGCAUUUUGUUCCAUUAAAUCAGCCAUCGCUUACUGUUUCUUUGGUGAUCGACAGAAAAGAAAAAGCAUAAUCACCAACAUCAAUUACUACAGCAUGCCUAAGGCUCGACCACUUUCCUUGCAGACGGUGGACCUCAAAGUCAGGAUGUGCUGCACUGGUUGCGAAAGAGUAAUCAAAAACGCCAUUUACAAGCUUAGAGGGAUCGAUUCGGUGGAAGUCGACAUAGAGAUGGAGAAGGUGACGGUGAUCGGAUACGUUGAUCGGAACAAGGUUCUGAAACGAGUGAGGAGGGCAGGGAAAAGGGCUGAAUUCUGGCCUUACCCUGAUCCUCCUUUGUACUUCACCACAACCGCUGAAUAUUAUAAAGACACGACCAAUGAGUACAGAGAGAGUUAUAAUUAUUACAGGCAUGGGUACAACUUAGGACACAGGCAUGGUAACAUACCUGUAACGAUUCGUGGAGACGACAAAGUCAGUAACUUGUUCAACGAUGACAAUGUGAAUGCUUGCUCUCUCAUGUAGCAAAAAGUGCAGAUGUAAAUUGAAUUUGUGACAUAAAUUCACCAUGAUGGAUCAUGUAAUAUCAUUUGAGAAAAUAACUGAGUGUGAAAAGAAUUUCAUCAUUGUGGAUUUAAUCAUUAAUAUAUGUAGCUUUUAUUAAAA